GCGUGAUCAUCAUGAAAUUCCCGCUGGAGAAUCCGAGGAAACAGGUGAACUGGGACCCUGAACAAGUGGCUGUUCAGACAAACAUUGUCCCUCCGAAGAAGGUCCAGUCUGGUGCGGUCCAGUCCAGUCUGGUUCAGGCCAGCGUAGCAGCCAUGCAGAACCCGAUGGGCUGUGAGAUCAAAGCUAACGGUCACUGCGCUCUCCCGCGCCUCUCCAUCUCGUCCCGCUCGGCCAGCGUGGUGACGGGGAUGGACGCGGGUGCAGACGGUGCUGCGCUGCACUUGGUCAUGAAGUGGAAGACGGUGGUGGCCGUGUUUGUGGUGGUGGUGACGUACCUGGUGUGCGGCGGUCUGGCCUUCUGCGCACUGGAGCAACCCUUCGAGAGCAACCAGAAGGACAACAUCACGCAGGAGAAGGCUCUGUUCCUGGAGAGGAACCCCUGUGUUUCUCCAGCCGAGCUCGAGGCCCUUAUCAAGCAUGCAGUAGAUGCGGUCAGCGCUGGCGUGAGUCCCAUUGGAGACACGUCCUAUAACUCCAGCCACUGGGACCUCGGCAGCGCUUUCUUCUUUGCUGGAACUGUCAUCACCACGAUAGGCUAUGGAAACAUCGCCCCCAGCACUGAGGGCGGCAAGAUUUUCUGCAUCCUUUAUGCCAUAUUUGGCAUCCCUCUGUUUGGCUUCCUCUUGGCCGGGAUCGGUGAUCAGCUAGGGACCAUGUUUAUGAAGAGCAUUCUGAAGGUGGAGAAAGUUUUCAGGCAAAAACACAAGCAAAUCAGUCAGACCAAAAUCCGCGUCACCUCCACCAUACUCUUCAUCAUCGCUGGCUGCAUCAUUUUUGUCACCAUCCCAGCAGUGAUUUUCAAACACAUCGAGGGAUGGAGUACUUUAGAAGCCAUUUACUUCGUUGUCAUUACUCUCACAACCGUCGGCAUUGGAGAUUAUGUAGCAGGAGGAGAUCGAAAAAUAGAAUACAUGAAAUGGUACAAGCCUCUGGUCUGGUUCUGGAUUUUGGUGGGUCUGGCGUAUUUCGCAGCGGUCCUGAGCAUGAUUGGAGACUGGCUCAGAGUUCUGUCCAAGAAAACAAAAGAAGAGGUCGGAGAGUUUAAGGCCCAUGCAGCAGAAUGGAAAGCAAACGUCCGGGCAGAGUUCCGCGAGACACGGCGGCGCCUCAGCGGUGAGAUCCACGACAAACUUCAGCGGACGGCCACCAUCCGCAGCAUGGAGCGCAGACGUCUGGGUCUGGAGCAGCGGGCGCAUUCGCUAGACAUACUGUCGCCUGAAAAGCGGGCCGUCUUCGCUAGUCUGGACGCUGGGCGCUUUAAAACCUCCUCGCAAGAGAGCAUCGACACUAAACUGAACAACCUGCAACUGAAGGCCGAGCGCGGCGAACAGCAGGCGUCCUCCGAGGAAAACAUCUUUAACCGCUUCGGCUCGCUCACCAAACUGGCCAAACGCAACAGGAGCAAAGAUCUCCGCAGGAACAUCCCGGAGGAUGCCAGCAGGCUGGGCGACGUUCUCAGCAGUAACAGCAGCAACGUCACACUGGGAGAAGAGAGAAGAGAGGACGAGGAGGAGAUGGAGGAAGAGGAAGAAGCAAUGGAGACCAACACUGGCUUCACGUGUCUGCCUCACUAUCCUGAGGAACCCAAACAGCAGAACGGUUUCGCACCGGCUCAGGCCAAAGAACAAGAGCGAAAUAAAAGACUGGAGCAGAAAGAACAUCAACCGUAGGCAGACAAUGGCAGGGUGAAAAUGUGCCUUUGUGUUUUGUAAGCUGCGGCUCGACUCGCUACGAUCAACUGCAGUUGAUUUUCACUGUGACAAAUGACAAGUUGCCAAAAAUAUGAAAAG